GAUUUAAGAGCUGGAGCACGACAGGCAUUUUAUUCCAUUUCCCUCUGCUCCGAUCAAGCCGAUACCUCACCUCGCCGGCCAGGCCCGGCUUCUCAAUUUCUUCGGUCCAUAAAAGAUCGCCGGAGGAGCACCAAAUACUCCACCUCCACCGUCGUAUUUACUGUCUUUUCGUCAUGGACCGGGCCUCUGUUGUCCACCUCCUGCUCCUCCUAUCCCUGAUCUACGCCUGCGUGGCGGAGAUAAAAGACCUAAAGAUCACAACAGACUCCCGCUCUAUCAUCCUGUUCGAGAAAUUUGGCUUCACUCGGCGCGGAUUCGUUGAUAUUACUGUCUCCGACGUCUCUGUCUCGUCCUCCGUUUCUUCCCCUGACCCGUCGCUCUUCGGUUUUUUCCUCCUCUCCGAUGAGAAACUCAUUCAGGCCAUCUACGGAUCCCAGCAAGAAAUAUCCAACUCGAACGCUAACCCUGAUGGAGAUGCCUCCUGCAUCCUCUCCAACCUCUACGUCAACCCGCUCUUCACUUUCCGUGAUCUCUCGCAAUCGCCGCCCAAGUCAUACAACCGCUCAUUCCCGAUCAUCCACCCCGAUGAGUACAGUCUUUACUUUGCCAACUGCGCCGCUGGGAGCCAGGUUAGCAUGUCCGUCCUCACCAAGAUGUAUAAUGUUCACCCCGACGGUUUCCGUGACUACCUCUCCGUGGGUUGGGCUUCCGUCCCAUCGAUUUACUUUUGCUUCGCCGUCGUUUACGUUAUCUUCUUCGCCGUGUGGGUCUACUUCUCUCUUUGGAAGAGUCGCUUAUCUGCCCAUCGAAUCCACCAGAUAAUGUCUGGUCUCCUUCUAGCCAAGGCUCUUAAUCUCAUCUGUGCCGCUGAGGACCAGCACUAUAUCCGGGUCACAGGCACUCCCCACGGCUGGGACGUCCUCUUCUACCUUUUCCAGUUCCUCAAGGGCGUUCUCCUCUUUACGGUCAUCAUCCUCAUAGGGACCGGAUGGUCUUUCCUGAAACCCUUCCUCCAGGAGCGAGAGAAGAAGGUUCUCAUGAUUGUGAUCCCCCUCCAAGUUGUCGCUAACAUUGCGUCUGUUGUGAUCGGGGAGACUGGACCGUUCAUCCAGGAAUGGGUUACCUGGAACCAGCUCUUCCUCUUCAUUGACAUCAUCUGCUGCUGUGCAAUUAUGCUCCCCAUACUAUGGUCAAUCCGAACGCUGAGGGAGACUUCGAAGACUGAUGGAAAGGCUGCGAGAACUCUAGCCAAGCUUACUCUUUUCAGGCAGUUCUACAUAGUAUUGGUGGGGUACUUGUACUUCACUAGGAUCGUGGUAUAUGCGCUUAAGACAAUUGCUGCUUAUAAGUACCGGUGGGUGAGCGUGGCGGCUGAGGAAAUCGCCAGCUUCGCAUUCUACAUCUUCAUUUUCUAUACGUUUAGGCCAGUGGAGAGGAACCAGUACUUCGUUCUUGAUGACGAGGAGGAAGAGGCAGCAGAGGUUGCUCUCAGAGAGGUGGAGUUUGAGCUCUGAAUACUUAGAAGAUAGAAAAUGAUUAAUUUGACGUCGGUUUUGCUUCCUUCACCUUAGUAUGUGUUACUUUAAUGAUCAUUUUCUGUCUCCUCAAAAUUUUGUUAUUUGUUUGGCUAUUGGAAUUUGGAACUUUGAAAACUAGGUCAAAUACCUCUCCUAAGGUAAGCUAUACAUUGUUUCUCUUUCUUCUGUAUAAUUAAUUAACGAGGAAUGUUGAUUGGAUUGUUCUUGCUUUUA